AUGGUAACUUCCUGGAUUCUCAAUUCCCUAUCAAAGGAAAUUUCUGAUAGUGUUGAAUAUGUUAGCGAUUCAGUAGAGUUAUGGAGAGAAUUGGAAGAUCGAUAUGAUCAAACGAAUGGUGCAAAGCUGUAUCAAAUUCAAAAAGAAAUUAAUGAUCUCGUUCAAGGAUCCUUGGACAUUAAUGCCUACUACACGCGAACAAAAAGGCUAUGGGAAGAAUUGAGCAAUCUCAGUGCAAAGUCUCAGUGCACCUGUGUUUGUACGUAUGGGUCAAAGGACAAUAUGCAUAAGGCAGAACAGGACAGACGACUUAUUCAGUUUCUGAUGGGCUUGAACGAAGUGUACACAACAAUGCGAGGAAGCAUUUUAAUUAUGAAACCUCUGCCAUCAUUGGCGCAGACCUUUUCUCUGUUAGUACAAGAGGAAAAGCAAAGGGAGUUCAAACCAAACAAUCAACUGAGCCUAGAGUCUACCUUACUUCAUGUGAAUACUGUGCCUUCACAACAUCAGAAUCCUUUUGGAGCUCGGAAUUUCAAAACACAUUAUACAGCCAACUCAGGCCAUUUCAAGGGUCGACCAUUCUGA